AUUUUCUGUCAUAAAGUGUCACAUCUCAAUUAAGGAAACUAAAUAUGAUUUUAAUGGUGAAUGCACUGUUGCUGCUAACUGCUCAAAUACAGAACACUUCUCAGCAAGCUGAUGCAGUUUUUCCUCAUGUUGAUCCAAACCAACUGCAGUUCUUUGAAUAUGAAUCCAUCUCCUUUAAUUGUUCGGGGUUUCACGGUCCAACUGAAUGGAGAGUAAUGCAAAAGAGAUCUUCAUUUAAUUCUCAGUGGGAGACAGCAGCAGGAUCCUUGAACAUUAAACCUGUCUAUACAUCACACAGUGGAGAGUACUGGUGUGAAAAUGAAGGAGGAGAGAGAAGCAACACUCUCAACAUCACUGUCACUGAUGGUGAUAUGAUCCUGGAGAUUCCUGCUCUCCCUGUGAUCGAACAACAGGCUGUCACUCUGCGCUGUAGAAAAAAGACAACUUCCUCCAACUCCCUAGCUGAUUUCUAUAAAGAUGGCCACCUCAUUAAAACAGAUUAUACAGGCAAGAUGAAUGUUCACAAUAUUUCCAUGUCUGAUGAAGGUCUUUACAAAUGUAAAAUCUCUGGAGCUGGAGAAUCACCAGAGAGCUGGCUGGCUGUCAGAGGUGCAGUGUUAACAACAAAUCAAGAGACAACACCUCAAGAGGAUCAAGAGGAUCAAGAGGGUCAAGAGUCUCAUCCUCCCCACCCUGGCUCCAUUCAGCUCUCCAUCCUCUUACCAGUUGUCUUCACCAUUUUGUGUGUGGCUGUGCUGUUGGUGUUGGUGGGACUACUUCACUUUCGGAAACACAGAGGAUCGGACCUAGUCUAUUCGGAAGUCAUAUAUGCUAAUGUCACAAAAUACAAGAAGAAGAGAGGUUGUCAAGAGGCAAAUGUAGCUGAUCUACAUGACAUGAUGUAUGCUGUUGUCAUAGCAAAGAGGAAGGAGAAAGAUCACUGAGAGCUGAAACAACUGAGGAGGAGAGACUGUUACAUACUGUGUGCAAGACAGAGAACAACACGGAACCAUAAUUGUGGCUACUACAGCAGUUUGUACAUUAUUUCUAGUAUCUUCUUCAACAUUUUGUUAUCACGUUCAGACAUUUGUUUUUAUUGACUGUAUAGUUAUAUGAAAAAGAGAAAAUUACUGUAAAAGUAAAAGGUUGAAAUUCACAGUUGGUGCUCAUUCUGUCUAUUUCCGUCUGUGUACAUGUUGGCUGAAGAGCACUGCAAAGGCUUGUCAUCAUUAAAAAAUAGAUUUCCUGUGUUUCCCUCAGUGGUUACCUAACACAAAUGUAUGCAAUAGUAUUA